GGACAGUUAACUGUCUUUUUAUAGUCCGCUCCGCUGGUUGAAUUCAGAUCAAACUAGUUUUGGUUGGCGGCUGCUGAGCCGAAAAGAUUGAGCUAAAAAUAAGUCAAAAUCAGUAGUUGGAGCACAUUUGGCUCACUUAAAAAACAAACAUACUAGUGACGCGAAGAUGAGCGACACCGAGAAAGAGUUCAAGAAGGAGCCACAGCCUGGCUCAGGGAGUUCCUCCCCGCGGCGAUCGGCAAAAUCCGUCAGCCGCUCGCCAGCACGCUCCAAAGAGGGUUCCCGCCAUUCCAGGUCCAGGUCUCGCUCACGCUCCAGAUCCAAGUCCAAAUCUAGGUCCCGUUCUCACCGGAGCUCACGCAGAAACUAUUCCCGCUCUCGUUCCCGCUCCCGACGUCGCCGUUCCCGAAGCCGGUCUGGCAGCCGGCGGAGGAGCCACAGCCGCUCCCCUAUGUCCAACCGACGCAGGCACAUUGGCAACAGGGCCAACCCUGACCCAAACACCUGUCUGGGUGUGUUUGGCCUGAGCCUGUACACCACCGAGCGGGACCUGCGAGAAGUGUUUUCCAAGUACGGCCCCCUGGCGGAUGUCAACAUAGUAUACGAUCAGCAGUCACGGCGCUCCAGGGGAUUCGCCUUUGUCUACUUUGAGAACUACGAGGACUCCAAGGAGGCUAAGGAGCACGCCAACGGAAUGGAGCUGGAUGGUCGCCGAAUCCGUGUGGAUUUCUCCAUUACCAAACGAGCGCACACCCCCACUCCUGGCAUCUACAUGGGACGACCCACAUAUGGCGGUGGGGGUGGCGGUGGCGGCGGCGGAGGAGGAGGCGGAGGCGGUUCAAGACGCAUGUCGAGGGACUACGACAGAGGCUACGACCGAGGUUACGACCGAGGGUACGAUCGGGACUACGAUCGCUAUGACGACCGGGAGUACCGAUCAUACAGACGAAGAUCUCCAUCGCCGUACUACAGCAGAGGGUACCGCUCUCGAUCCAGAUCCCGAUCCUACUCCCCACGUCACUACUGAGCAGUGAGUCAGUCAUCCAUGGUUUUUAGAUGUUAUGACCAGAUCACAGUGUACACACUGAAAUGCAUGGAAAUACAAAUUUACCUAAGAAAUCCGAGGAUGAUUUGCACAACGUUGCUGGUCUUGAAAGUUGCGCAACUGAAACACCCCCCCACACCCCUUUUGCUUUUUUUUUUGUGGACACACAACCAAAAGGGUGACAAGAAUUUAGUUUUUUUGUUUUGUAGUGUAAAAGUGACUUUGGAGUCUCGAUGUUUUUCUAUACAAGCAGAUUUGUUCGCUUCUCGUGGCAGGUUUGAAUGCAGCUGCCUUUUCUUGUUGUUGUUCAGUUCAUCUUCCCUGUUAUAUGUUCACGUUACUCUUAGUGCUGCACCUAUUGUAGUGCUGCACCUAUCGUUGUCUCUUAGGGAUCAAAAUCUGGUCACGAUUCAUAGAACAUGGUGAGCUUCCAUUAGGUUUUCUCUAUGUUCAGGAAUAGAAGUACUGACCACAGUAAAUUGCAUAAAAUGGCUUGCGUCCUUCUGCAGUUUUAGGCACGCACAUGUGAGGUCUGAUUUGUAUGUCAUUUGUCAUGUGGAUUUUCAAAUAAAAGUUGAAAAGCA